AUGCCAAAAAUAGAUUUAAUGAUUUAUUUACGUGGCACCGAUGAGUUAGAAUCCGUACGUUUGUUGGCCAGCAUCGCAGACACCAGCAAAGAUGGGUUGAUUUCAUUUGUCGAGUUCCAGGCUUUUGAAGGACUGCUGUGUACACCCGAUGCUCUCUACAAAACUGCCUUUCAACUGUUCGAUCGCCAGGGCAAUGGCACAGUUUCUUACGCCGAUUUCGUCGAUAUCGUACAAAAAACCGAACUGCAUUCUAAGAUACCUUUUAAUUUAGAUAGUUCCUUUAUAAAGCGGUAUUUCGGCGAGAAAAAGAACCGCCCCAUCAAUUAUGCGGAAUUCACACAGCUGCUCCAUGAUUUCCAUGAGGAAUAUGCAAUGGAAGCAUUCCGUAGUAAGGAUCCAGCUGGUUCUGGAUACAUCUCACCCUUAGAUUUUCAGGAUAUUAUUGUUAAAGUGAAGAGGCAUUUACUCACACCCGUUGUCAAGGAUAACUUAGUAGCGGUCACUGAAGGUCACAAAGUGAGCUUCCCUUAUUUCAUCGCAUUUACUUCGCUGCUCAACAAUAUGGAAUUGAUUAAACGCAUCUAUUUGCACGCUGCCCAAGGUAAUCGCCACGAGCCAGUGACAAAGGACGAACUACUUUACGCCGCACAAACAAUGAGCCAAAUUACACCAUUAGAAAUUGAUAUUCUCUUUCAAUUAACCGGCGCACUUCACCAAACUGG